GCACAAUGCUUUUAUGCUCAGCAAAUUUUGGAAAUUUGUUCCUUUAAUUUUAAUAAGAAAAUUUCAAAAAUUUCUCCUUCGGAUUCUUAAAAAGUUGAAGCAUGGCACUAUUCAAUUUGGUAAAGACAGCCUUUCGGAAGCAUCCUGUUAUAGCGAAUUGCACUACGUAUGGAUUUCUCUAUGUGGGAGCUGAAUUUUCACAGCAGACAGUUACGAAGAAAUUUUUGACAUCGCCACCUCAAGACAUUGAUAAACCUACGUUAGCUCGCUAUGGUAUCAUGGGAACAUUAAUCUACAGUCCAAUUUUAUACAACUGGUACAAAUGGCUUGACAGAACAUUUCCUGGAACAGCCAAAAAAACGAUCAUCAGGAAACUUUUUCUUGAUCAAUUCUUCUUGACUCCACCACUUUUAGUGAUAUUCUAUACAGGAAUGUCACUAAUGGAAAUGAACUUUGAUGAACCUUUUGAGGAAUGCAAAAGAAAAUUUGUUCCAACCUUUAUUAGGUCUUGCAUGUUUUGGCUUCCAGCACAAACUUUAAAUUUUAUUUUAAUUCCACCGGCAUUCAGAGUCAUUUACAUGGGCUUUGCCAGUUUCUGCUGGGUUAACAUUUUAUGCUUUUUAAAGAGACAGAAAUUGGAGGAAAUCGAGCCGAUUGCAAAUUAAGAUAAUCAAAUGGAUUGACUUUUGUUUUUGAUAGAUUAUAAGAGAAUAUUCGUU